AUGCUACGCCGGAACACGUUCCGCAAACGAUUCGAAGAGCUGCUGUGUCGAUAUGUACAAGAUCCAAACGUCGUCCAAUUUGGAUCGGCUGUAACAGGUCUAGGAACGAAUGAUUCAGAUAUAGACCUGUGCCUCCUUUUCAAGGACGACACCACUUCACCCAUGAACGAAUUCGUACGUGAUGGAAAUACCCUACUAUCUUGUCCUCCAGAACAUUUUCAAGAGAAUCCUAUACAUCGGGAUGAGUUGAACGCUUUAUCGCUACGAGGUGUACCGCGAGUGACGACUCUCUUGACGGGAUUCUUCACAUACCUCGUGGAGCUAUCAGUGAACAACAAGAUCGGAUGUCAGAAGUCAGCGUGUAUCGGAGCGCUAGUGAAAGCAGAUCAAUCUGGUCUACUGCGUAAGCUAAUCUUGGGAUUGCGUCUUUGGGCGGCUUCCAACGGUGUUUUCUCUUCGGAAAAGAAGAGAACGUGGAAUCUCAAUUCGUAUACACUGAACUUGAUGUUCUUCUCAUUCCUGCAAUCUGAGAAACUGUUACCUGCCUUUGCUCAGUCUGAAAAAGCUUCUCCGAAUGGUACUGUAAACGAUUUUACUGUCCCACCGUAUAACAUAGGUGAAGCUGAUAUUCGUAAGCUGUUCAAGAAGUUCUUCGUUCUGUGCGUUGAACGGCAACUAGACAAAACCCUCUUCUCAUUGCGAAAUGGAGGGUUGGUGCCCUUGGAUGAUUUCAAGGAACAAUUGAUUUUGAAAACCCCAAUCUAUUCUUUUUGUGCAGGUGAGUUCUGUUUGCCAUUGAACAAAAAUGAGAAUACUGACGGGAUGUUCCUUUGCACACAGGACCCAAUCGAGUUGACUGAUAACGUAGCAAAGAAUGUGACGAGUAAAGCUUUGAAAACAAUGAGGCAUGCUAUGAUGCUUUCGUUGGCAGCAAUGAAGCAAAAUGCGCGACUCGUUUGCUGUUAUGUUGGGUGUCUUGAAAAGCAAGUCGACAAGCUCUUCACCUGCGCCAAAUAUGCCCCCGACAGAGGAUCUUGUCGUGCUUCUGGAUUUCCAGAAGGAUUUGACGAGGGUACGGCGGAAUCGUUACUUUCUAUUAUUCUCUCUGCAAUAUUGUACUGCGAAAAUCCGGCAACUCCCGCCAAAAGGACUAGAUUUGACUGUAAGCUCUUGACGCUAACAACUCCGAGAAGCAUUUCAAGGAUUAAUAGAGCGAAACUUGGGAAACUGCCGACUUGGGAUCUUUCGCAGUAUAUCAAAAGGCUAUGGAUGUCAAGAAGAGCACUUCGGAAGAAGUGGAGUGGGUUGCUGAAACCUGAGGAGCAGUUUCCUCUGCUUAUCGAGGCGCUGGUAUCAAUGUCUCUGAAGUCCACGGCUUCCAACGAUUGUACUUUGCAGUUCCAAACCCUUUUUGACGUUCACAAGGAUUCGCUGUGGGUUGGCCUGAAGUUGAUAGAAGGUGAGACGGUCGACGUUGCAAAUGUGGCUCAUUUUAUGGAGCAAAUGUUGACAAAGACACGUGAUUAUCUUCAAAAUGGCAAUGCCGGUAUGGGCCAUAUGUCUCUGGACGAAUUCACAGCUCAGGUCAGGGCGAUUUUCGAUCGUGAAAAGGAUCGAUUGAAGUAG